UGACACUGUCAUUCUGAGCUAACCAGUUCACUGAGAUUCACAGGCAUUUAAACACGACCAGGACAUACCAAAGCUAGACCUUUCGACACAAGAAAUCCUGCUGCACUAUUCUCAUAAGGAAACAGUUGACGUGUGAGCAACCAUUACUCCAAACCACAAAGAUAUCAGAGAUCAAAGUCUCAUCUGGAUCCAAAAUGCGUUUGUCCGUGCAGAAACUGGUCUGCGUGAUAAUUCUCUUGAGCGCCAUAAUCUGCACCAUCACCUUGAAUAAAGACCCUUACUAUGAGGAUUUAAAAAAAAUAGUUAACAUAACCUUCACAGAGGGCUUUUUGCGCAAGGAACCAUGUGGGUGUUUGGAGGGCUGCUUGGCUGCGACUGAAGAUGAGUGGUUUAAGAACCGAUUCAGAGAUGAUAUUCCACCUCUGCUUUCUCUCGGAAACAGCGAACUACCCGACAACAUCACUAACUGGUGGCAGCACCUACAGGGGACCAAGACCAAGACUGAAUACAAGCAAGCGAUUGAGGAGCUGUUCAAAGUCAUUCCCAAAGAGGGACACUACAGAGACGCCGGCCCAGAUCGCUGCCGAACCUGUGCCGUUGUGGGAAACUCUGGGAACCUUUUAGAAUCGCACUACGGCCCCCUUAUAGACAACAAUGACUUUGUAAUAAGGAUGAAUAAGGGACCAGUUGAAGGCUUUGAAGAUGAUGUGGGGUCGAAGACCACCCACCGAAUUAUGUACCCGGAAAGUGCCGUCCAUCUGGAUAACACCACACACCUGGUGCUCUUACCCUUCAAAUUACUGGAUAUCGAGUGGGUUACCAGUGCUCUGACCACUGGAAGAAUUAAAAAAACACGGUUUAAAGUUAUAGACAAACUGCAAGCCAAUAAAGACAAGGUUAUGGUUAUGCAUCCUACUUUUAUGCACUAUGUGCAUACGACAUGGCUGCAUAUCAAGGCUCGACGUUCUUAUCCAUCCACGGGUUUCCUCGCCCUGAUGUUUGGGCUACACAUUUGUGAUGAGGUCAACGUAUUUGGAUUUGGUGCAGACAGUAGGGGGACCUGGUAUCACUAUUUUGAAGGACUGCCCAAACGUUUCAGGGGGACUGGUAAACACAGCGGAGGUCUUGAGACCACUGCCAUUAAAGAACUGACAAAAAGGAAUAUAAUCACUGUAUACAAAGGGUGGUGAGGAGGACUGUGAUUAUUACCAUGAAUGUGUAAUGAUGUUUACUUUUUAAGCAGUUCUUAUAUUUCUCUUACUGAUUAGUUUGUACCUGCACCGUGCGUGAGCGGUUUGCACAAUACAUGAAGGCUUACAUUGUUAAUUUAUUGAUAAAAGCUUUUAAAAUGUGAGCCCUCGAAAAGGUGUCAGAUAGAAAUAUGAACACUAUAGCUUAUACAUUAAAUGAAUGUUCAAUAUAAAACUUGAAAAUUCUGUUAGCAUUAAAAUAGCAAUGUUACAGAUACUUUGUGAAACCACGUGAGCCAUUUAAAAAACUUUAUUUGAGAUUUUGCUCAACAGCUCCACAUAAGAAAGUCAUACGAGUUGGAAGUUAAUGGUGACAGAAUUUUCGUUCUGAAUCUUCUGAAAAAAAAAUGCACUAUAGAUCACUUUGGAUAAAAGCAAAAAUGCAUGAAUAUUAAAUAUUUAGUGAGACCUACAGUCAGAUUGAUUCAGUGAAAUAAAAUGUAUACUUUAAAACAUAAUAUUUGAGGGGGAUCCCAUAAUAUUUUGUUUACAGCACAGAUACAAGCAAACGUGUAGCUUUGUCAUACCUAGAACAGGAGAGGUAGUUCGUGUGAAGGAUUUGUUGCAGUCUGUGAUUAUUGUUCAGGGGAGUGUCUGUUGUAUUUUGUUGUUUUAUUGUUUUAUUGUUUUAUUUUCGGCCUCUUUUGUGUAGCCCUCUUUCUCUAGUCUGUGUAAAGAGACAUUUUUUUGUUGACAGCAUCCAUGGAAUUUGGGUGUGUUUGAAGUUGAGCUGGUUUUCACAGUUCUACCUUAUAACCAGCCUUUCUUGUUUACAUUGAAUUGACUGCUUUUAAAAGAAAAUGUCAAAUAUUUCACUUAUUUUAGAAUGUUUUGUAAAAUGUUACGCCUUCUUAAAAUAUGUUUAGGUUGUUUUGGUAUUAUUUUGUAUUACCUUAUGUAUUCUUUCUUCAGGUUUAGGUUUUAAUUUGAAUAAUUUGGGUAAAGACCUUCCAGUAAGAUAAUUGGUUGAUCCUAUAAGUUAAUAAUGUAAUUCUGUAUAAUUCUAAACUAUAGUGUAACUUAUUUAAUUUUAGGUAAUGAAUAAGCUAAAUUUUUAGUAAACAAGGUUAUUGGUUGAUCCUGGUUUAAUAGGGAUAACUUAUUGUACUUUUGUAGUGUCAUAUUAUAAUUCUGUAUAAUUAUAAAGUGUAAUUUAUUUAAGCAAUAAGGUACGAGAAGCUGUGCUGUAUCGUGAAAAAGUAACGGCUGAAGGGCAUUGUUAAAGGGGGUCGCACACCGGACAAAUCGAACACACUGUGUUACGCACACCAGCGCCAACAAGUGGCGCCUGUCCGCGGCGCCCAGCUACGACUGAGGAAGUUGCGCAAAUCCCUGUCGCGCCACUUACAUAGUUUAACAUUAAAUAACAUCAUAUUUGUCCCAAAUCAUUAACGAUUAACAUUGGCUGCUGACGUAUAUUUAGCAUUUUGAAGUAGAUGCUAUCUGACUAGCUCGCGCUAUUUAAUGUGCACUUCCGGUGUACGAUACCUCCGAGUUGUCAACCCCCUUCAGGCGAUACGCAAAGUAUUCACGAUACAGCACUAGCCUCGAGCACCUUAUUGCUUUUAUAAAACGAUUACCACACAAUAUUAAAGUAAAAAAAUGUAUUAGUGCAACUUUUAUGAAGGUAAAUCAAUAAAGAAUUCCUUAUGCUAGACAAAAUAGUCCCUGACCGUGAACAACAAUGUUCCGAUAGACCCUUUUACUGUUUGUACACAAUGAUGAUGUGCCAUGUAUGCCUGCGCAUUUUGGUAACGGAAGUAUGGGAGAAUCAGCGGUAAAGCAACACAGACAGAGAAAGUUAUUUUUAAAAGUUGAUCAACUUUUGAACACAGCUACCAUAUCCGUGUACUAUAGUGUGGUGGAUAGAAGACAUUACCAGAUGGCCAAAUAUAAAGUGUCCAGAUACAUAUAUACAUAUAUUAUACUAGUGCAACCAAACGCAACAACCAGAUAUUUUGAUGCUGGGAAACAGUUUUGAUAAACUUUGUUACAGAUGAGAACCACUUACACAUAAGAACCACUGGGGAACAACACCACUUCCGUUGCCAAAAUGCGCGCGCAGGCUAUUUGAUCACAUGGGCUG